ACUUUUCAUCCGCAACCCUUUUCUGUAUUGGUAUCGCCCAAUAUCCGUUUCAUUGCAAGAUGGCGCCCGCCAGCUACUUUCUGUGGCUGGUCCUUCUCUUUUUACUAACCUUAGUGACCUGUGAGUACACAUCAGAGAAGUGCCAGGACCUGGGCUUCACCACCAACCUCCUCUGUAGCUCCUGCGAUGAGCUCAAACAGUUCGAGCUGCAGUCGCUCGAGGACAACUGCAGACAGUGUUGUCAACAAGAUAAUCACAGCAGUACGCAACAGUUGUUCCCUGGAGCAUUGUUAGAAGUAUGUGGAUGAAAGUUGGGGAGAUGGCCCCAGGUCCAAGCUUUCGUGAAGAGCGAUAGGCCCAGGCAGUUUCCAGGUUUGAAGAUCAAGUACGUCCGAGGUGCUGAUCCUAUCCUGAAGAUGCUGGACCAUAAGGACCAGGUGGUCGAGAUCCUCUCUAUCGAGAAGUGGGACACUGACAAUGUCGAGGAGUUCCUGUCGGAGAAGCUACAGAAGUUAUAAACACUGUUCCGUGCCCCGGUUAAUUAACAUGUAAAUUUGGAUAUCGUUAAGUUGAAAUUAUAGCUAUCUUUCUGUCAUAAUGUGAGUGUAUGAGUUUGUUCUUGGUUUCAACUGCUUAUGCACAGCCAGAUGCAUUGUGGGCAAUAUGCCACAGGUGAAGGCCCUUGAAUUGUAAGCAGUUCUUUUAUAAUGGACCUUGCUUGAUACAUGUCUUUUGUUUACAAUGUCUCAGGGGCCAUUAACUUGAAAGCAGUUGUGGUACAAUGGACCAAGUUUGGAUGUGGAUUGUUAAUGUCUCAGGAGCCGUCAACUUUGACGUAUUACCCACAAUGCAUCUGACUGUGCAUGUGCAUUUGGAACCAUGAACAGGCUUAUUGUUUCAAGGCUAGUUCCAUCUUUCUUGUGCCUCUUUCUUCAACUGGCCUAUGAAAGUAGAUAUCUAGAGCACAUUUUGAAAUCACCAAGCUCCCUCUUUUAAACCAUUGGGUCAGCCUAUGCAUACAACCAUUUAAUGCUUUUACU